UACUAUAAAAUUUUUGAGUAUGUAAAUCAUAAAUUCUGAUCCUUAUUUCCAGAUAUUUUUUGUAAAUAAAUCGAUAUAUUUGUUAACGAUAACUUUGAUAAACUGAUAACGUUAAUAAUGUUUAAUCAAUAACAUUUAAGAUAAGGUGUAAUAACGAGAGAGGCACCAUAUUGAAAGGUGAAUAAAGUGUGAAGUGAAUUAUUAUUGUGAUUUAAAAAUAACGAUCAAACAAGAUGCCAAUAGAGAACCAAUAUAUUCCUUUGGAAGGAUCACGAAGAUCAUGGUGGGGAACUUUAACUGGACUUGAGAAAAUGCUCAUUUUGUUAUCGGCAACGUUAGCAAUUUUUGUUUUUACAUUAACGUUGGCGUUAAUAACAACUAAAAAAUGUUCGCAUGAAGUUACAACAGAAGCUCCAAUUACAACAACUGAGGGGCCAAUAACAACUGAAGAACCUGUAACAUCUGACGAACCUAAUAGUACUGAAGAACCCGCAACAACUGAUGAACCUCAAACUAGUGACGAACCUGAAACUACUGAAGAAAUAGAUACAACUGAAGAGGUAAUUACUGAAGCACCAAAAGAACCUCCGAACGAUGUUAAAAUUACAAGUUCUUCUGAUAGUAAUUCUCAGACUACCUCAAAAAUAGCUGAGAACGAAGAAACUAAAAAAUUGUUAAAUAUGGAAAGUGAAGAAGAAAGUGAUGAAGUAUCAAAAAAUAUAAGUCAAAAUGGCAAAGUUGAGGAAAUCACUGAAAACGAUAAUGAUGAAAUAGAGAAAGAAGACACUAAAAAAUCAAAGGAAUUAAAUAUGGACAAGGAAAGUAAAGAAGAUUAUAACUAAUAAAUGUAAAUUGUUAGAGAUUAAAAUACUUAUUAUAAUAAUUAA